AUGAACAUUCUCACUAAAUUAAUUCUGGUUGGAGUAAAAAGAAAGGCGCGUGGUUAUGCUCGAAGCAUGCCAUCGACCUCGCGGUCGCGGGGCUCAGCCGCGCCACGGACGCAGGUCAUAGCGCCCAUGUCGGAGCGGCAACAAUUGGCUCUUGUGAUGCAAAUAUCGUCUCAAGAUGUACCUCCAGCCGCUCCGACCCCAUCAGAAGAGCGAAAACGGACCAGACAACAACGAAAUGAACGCGGAGAAACCCCCCUACAUGUUGCAGCUAUCAGGGGUGACCACCAUCAAGUUAAAAAGCUGCUUGCUCGAGGACAAGAUCCAAAUGUUACAGAUUUUGCGGGUUGGACUCCUUUACACGAAGCAUGUAAUUAUGGUUGGUACCAUGUAGUAGUGAUACUAGUAGACAGUGGGGCUAACGUGAACGCAAAGGGAUUGGAUGAUGAUACACCACUUCAUGAUGCCGCUACGUCUGGAAACCUGGAAAUGGUCCAAUUUCUCAUUGAAAAUGGUGCAGAACCCUUUGUUAAAAACACUAAGGGAAAAUUGCCUGAAGAUUAUGCUGAUUCACAUAUCUUCGAGUACUUUGAAUCCAUCAAAGAUAAUUACGCGAGAGCUGCUCACGUUGCAAGACCAAGGGAUGACAGUACCAGGAAAAGUGGCAAUGCAAGUAUUAAAAGUGAAGGUGGCAAAAGAAGCAACAUGGAAAGCCUAGCACAGGGCGAUUUCGAGGGGAAGGAAGGCAUUAAGCAAGAAUUCAAGGUUGAAAUCAAAGAAGAGCCCGGUCAGUUGAGUAGUGGUGUGGUGUCAUCUACCCAAGAUGACACACUUGUAAAGAUUAAGAAACGAGAAGAGUCUUCAGAUACCGAUUCACUCGAGGAUGAUGUUUCUAAGCGGAAGAAAAGAAAGGAUGACGAGAAGGAACCGAUGGCAAAGCCUUCACUUGUCUCCAGAGCAGGGCCUGGACGCAGGCCUCUGGGGCCAGCUGGUAAGAGUGGUGGAUCGAUGGUCAGCAAAGGAAACACUGCGACCGUCAGCAAGAGUGUAGCCACAUCGUCAACUGGAAAAGUACAGGCUUCCGGAAAAGGAGCAGCAGGAAAUAAGGGCAAAUCUGGGUCCAGUAAGGCAUCACUACAUAGCAUCAAACAAGAACGCAGAAGUCCAGUACCCAGCCCAAAAGUCAACCAGAUCAAGGAAGAACCUGAUUGUGAAGACACAAAGCCUAUAAUAGAGGCAUUAGCUCCGAAAGUACCACCAUUGAAGAUAGUUAUCCCCGGUGGAGCAGGAGGGUCUGGGAACCGGAAUGAACAAGAAGAAGGAGGUACGGGUCAACGUGGUGGCGGGAAGGGGCGAGGCAACGCGUCUACGCUUCCGUACGUGAUACCUUGCACGACGGACACGGGCCAGACGUCCGAUAGCUCAGAUGGUAACUCCGACGACAAGCGUGCGGGGGAGGGGGGAAAGGGCGGGCAAAGAGUACUGCGUUCGCAUAGAACGAACGACGGCGAGAAAGAUAAAGAGAGAAAUUGUCCACAAACUGGCUCUGGAUCUAACCAAGCUUUGAGCUCAAAUAAAAGCCCUCCUCCCAGCUCAGGUUUGGAUGACACUCCGUCGACAUCCUCGGCAGCCUCAGGUGGGAGGAAUGAAGCAGCUGCCGCUGGGCCAUCAGUCGAGUUGCACCCGAGGAAGAGGAAGAUCAGGACGUCGAAGGAAAGCCACUCGCGGGAGGUGACGAUUAAGACGGAGCCCUCUGAGAACGCGAUCCAUGCUCACACGGUCACGCAUUCGAAUCCAUAUCAAAUGUACAUACAUAAAAGGAAGCAGAUCGAGCGACGCCAGAAGAGUUUGUUCCCCGUGAAACCGAAGCCGCCGAAGGAUUUCAACAAGUACCUCAUGAACCGAUGUACUUACACCCUGCAGAACAACGUGAACCCCGACCCUCAGGUGGACAUACCAAUCAAUCUACCGCAGCAGAUGAUCAACGAAUUCAAAAGUCAGGAGAGGGAAAGAACGCGACUAAGGAUACAACAUCAAGUCGAAAAAGAGAAAUUGGUGUUGGGCGUGGAACAGGAAAUACUACGAGUGCAUGGACGGGCCGAGCGCGCUGUAGCGAAUCAAGCUCUGCCGUUUUCCGUAUGCACAAUACUACGAGACAAAGAGGUGUACAACGUUCUGGCGCCGGAUCAGGAAGAAAAGCGCAACGCGCAGCGGUCCAGGUGCAACGGAAGACAGAUCAACUCGUGGCUACAAGAAGUGGACGAUAAGUGGGAGAAGAUCAAGGAGGGUAUGAUACGAAGACAGCAAACCGAAGCGGAGACACUGUACGCAGUGCAAGUGAUGGGAUGGGAAUGGAAACUGAAGGAGCUGGGUCUGUGUGACCACAAGACCACACCGAAGAUCGAUCCGGCCCACGUGCCUCAAAUACACGUCUCAAAUUUUGAUUUGCCCGCUUGA